CCAUUGUCAAACACGAAAAAGCGUUCUAUACUUCUAGUUGUAACAUUGUUGAUAGCGUUUGUCCGAUGUCUCGCAAUGUUUUCGUACCAUUGUUGCAAAUAAAAUAAUCCACAAAAAAACCAAUAGCAGAAAAAAGCCCUGCGUAGUUCGGUGGGAAACUACUGGCGGGACCAGUACCACAGCAACCAGCGAAAAGUUUUGUGUGUCGGGUCAAAUGAAUACACGAAACCGAUUUGUGCAGCAUUACGAUUCAACUGAGAAGUAUCCAGAGAAGUUGCUCGCUGCCUAAAAAGGUGCAGUAGAUUGUGAGUUAGUGACCCACGGACCUUCUUAAAAUGAUUUUCUCUGGCCAACGCUGGUACAUGACGAGCAUAAGCAUUACAGCGAUGCUUUAAUUUGCUUGUACCGUUCUACACAGCCAGAGAGACAGCCACAUAUUGUGGUAGGUUUCAGGCCCUAGAACGCCAUUAGUCGUGCGGUCGUAUCACUAAUUUGUAAUAGAAAGUUGAUCCUCUAUAGAAAGGACUGAAAUUUCUAACCAGUUAAUAAAUAUAAGCCUAACCAGUCAGCACAAGACAGGCAUGGUUUAGUAAAUUUUAAUACCAAAACAAAAGCGAAAGGGUGAAGAGAAGAAAAGGUGAACAAUUCCAAAAUGGAUUUGGACUCUGACUGCUGUGAUAACUCGCAAGACUGCUCGAUGGUGGACGUCCAGGACUAUGAAGACAUGGGACUAAAAAUGCUAUACAAUACGAAUAGUGUGCUGCAAAAGAUUGCUAACCUUUACGCGGAAAGGUUGAUGUCGGAUGUGACGCUUGUGGUGGGUGAGAAUCGUUAUCCGGCCCACCGGAUUAUUCUUUGUGCCAGCAGUGACGUCUUUCAGGUCAUGUUAAUGAAUGCAACCUGGCGCGAGUUUGGCGACGCGGUUAUUACGCUGCAGGAGGAGGAAAAAUGUCAGGACGUGUUUCCACAGUUUCUGCGCUACAUGUACGUCGGCAAGAUGACGAUCUCGGUCGAUACGGCGGUGUACAUAUUGAAGUUGGCCGACAAGUACAACAUUCACGAUCUGGUGCAAAUCUGCAUUGACUAUAUGAAGCGGCAUGUAAACAAGGCGACCGAGAAGGGACACUUUGUCGAGUGGCUGCACAAUGCGCUGCUAAUCUGCCCCGGGCGGAAGGAUUUGAUCACGCUGCUGGAGAACUACCUGAAGUGGAACCUGGAGCGGAUAGUGGCGUACCCGGGCUGGGAACAGCUAAGCCUCGGGCUGAUGAAUUGGUUGCUGCAGCAAAACGAUCUGGUCGUGCGCAGCGAGUUCCGGCUGUACGAGCUGGUGGAGUGUUGGUUUUGUUACCAAAAAAAGCAAAUCGAGGAACGGACAGAUAUGCGCGACCAGGACCGGGAGGGUGCAAUCGAUAAGCUAAUAAAUGGUGUGCUGGUACACAUACGGUUCGCGAUGAUGAGCCUGCCGCAGCUGGCGAACGUGCUGAUGAGCGGUGCCUCGCUACGGAUGCUGAAGGAGUUUUACGUCGCGCGCGUUGCGGACGGGAUGAAUUUUCAUUCGCGCCAUCUAGAGAUAGUCAAUGCCAUACGGCAGAGCGAAACGGGCGAGUUGUUUUUUACGCCCCGACUCUACACCAGCGACCUGUGGAGCCUAGAGAUUGCGGUCAACUAUUUCCACAAGGUGGAAAAGUAUUCCAGUGUUGCGUCGGUGUUUUUUUCGCCAACCAAUUUUAGCGACGUUGAUGAAGAAAGUAAUGGUUGGGAUGUUGAGUUUUUCCCACUAGGCGUCCGUUACAAACCGGCACAGUUGAUAGGAAUCUAUAGUGCGGCCACAAAUCGGGAAAUACCCGAAAGCAUCAUACGCACCGUAAGGUUAAGGAUCACCAGCCAGUCAGCAAUGCGAACCGAACGCAGGUACAUGAUUGGUGUGCUGAUCUGUGGUAUGAUGAAUGACGAAGAGUAUGUACGCAACUGUCACGUGCGGAUGGCAUACUUCUCCAACGAUCAACGGGUGCUGAACAUUGAUAAUUUAAUACCGUUCGAAGAACUACAGCUGGGCGCACGAAAGUUUAGUCAAUACAUGGUUGGUGUGGAGCAAAACACGAUUAAAAUUAAGGUUGUUAUCGUACCGUUGAAUCGGUUCUCCAAUGUAUUUACUCCAUUGUUGGAGUAGGUAGCUAGAGCCCAUAAUAAAGAUGUGCUGCGUCUAAUAUCGUGA